UGGCGCGUUGUUACAUGACGUCAUCGAUCAUUCAGUGCAAGGAUUGUAUUCAACAGAAUGAGAUGCUGAUUAUGCUGUAUAGCCUAGUCAAUAAUAGUAUAAUAAAUGUAUGGACGUUGGCUAUAGCUGAAUGGUAGGCUAUCAACACAGCAAGGUAACCUGACAAAAUGGAGAGGGGAAAUUACGGUGGCUACUCCCGGGAGUAUUUUGACCGCUUUAUUGAAAGCCAAGACUCGUCUGUUGUGAACAAGUUCCAGCAAAAGUACUGGAAAACCAAACAGAAGAUCAUCAAGGUCACGGGAAAGAAAGAGGACGAACAUGUCGUGGCGUCAGACGCAGACCUGGAUGGCAAACUGGAGGUGUUUCACUCUGUCCAGAGAACGUGCAUGGAGCUAUUGAAGGUGAUCGAGCAGUACCAGAGAAGAAUCUGCUUUCUAUCCCAGGAGGAGAAUGAGUUGGGGCGGUUCCUGCGCUCACAGGGCUCCCAGGACCGGACCAGGGCUGGAAAGAUAAUGCAGGCUACCGGGAAGGCUCUCUGCUUCUCCUCCCAGCAGAGGCUGUCUCUGCGUAGUCCUUUGUCUCGCCUCUACCAGGAGGUGGAGACUUUCCGAUACCGGGCCAUCUCUGACACCUGGCUGACGGUGAACCGCAUGGAACAGUCCAGGACGGAAUACCGUGGAGCACUGCUCUGGAUGAAGGAUGUAUCCCAGGAGCUCGAUCCAGACACACACAAACAGAUGGAGAAAUUCCGCAAGGUUCAAGUGCAGGUGCGAACCACUAAAACAAGCUUUGACAAACUGAAGAAUGAUGUCUGCCAGAAAGUCGAUUUAUUAGGAGCCAGCCGCUGUAAUCUGCUUUCUCAUGUUUUAACCACAUACCAGACCACCCUGUUGCACUUCUGGGAGAAGACGUCUCACACUAUGGCUGCCAUUCAUGAGAGCUUUAAGGGCUGCCAGCAAUAUGAGUUCUCUACAAUCAAGAGCCUCCAAGACCCCAUGGAUAAACUGUCAUCUCAGGGAUCGAAGAAAAAGAGGGAGAAGAAAGUCCAAACAGAGACUGAUCUUGAGGAGACUGCAGAUGGCCAACUUAUCUCAAUAGAUCCCAAUGAAGAGUCCAAUGAAGAAGCUCAAACCAAGACACCUUCUGGACAAUUCUUUGAAGAAAUCGACCUUAAUAGACAAAUGACAGGGCCUGAGGAUCUUCUCUCAGCCUUCUCUAGUCAAGAGCAGGAGGAGGGUGGAGAGAGGGACAGCUUGGCCUUGUUGAAUGAGAUUCUGGGCAGCACGUCUCUGGAUGAGGGCGAGUUCUCACAGGAGUGGCAGGAGGUGUUUGGUAAGGGGGACCAGGGGAGCGGAGCCACUAGUAAAGGGGGCCUAGUGGAACCCCAGCAAGAGGAAGACUCCUCCAUCUUCCUCCCAUCUCACCUCCUGGACCAGAACAGGAACAAUCUCCAAUCUUCGCUCUCAGAUUGGGCCACGAGCAUUCCACAGCCCAUCUCCCAGGCAACAGAGCAAUCAUCUGGAGCCAAUCAGAACCCCUCUAGGCCAACAGCAGCAAGAGAGACGCCAGAGACCGCCAAAGACCUUUCAGCCUGGUUUAACCUGUUCGCCGACUUGGACCCUCUGUCGAAUCCAGACGCAGUAGGCAGGAGUGGUCAGGAGCAUGAGCUUCACAACGCAUAGACCUGCGACCUGAUUCACGUCUAGGGAUCCUACGCUAUAAGUUAGCAUAAUGCACAACAAGGUUAUGGUUAUUUUGUUGUUAACAUCUGUUCUAGGGUCAUCUCUCAACCCCUGUCCUACUCCUUACCAUUGAGUUAAACAACAAAUUUACCCUGGACCAGCUGUUAAGGAUGCAUUUACUGCAUCAAUCAAUUGAGCUUGAAAUCAUGAAUUCCAAAAGAAAACAAAUGUUGUCUUUUUAUGUUUGACAUGAUUUAUCAAUGUUUAUACGUUAAGUUGUCAGAGGGUAGAUGCUUUCAACAACCAAAAUAUGUACGAAGGAGUCAAGAUUUUUCAGAAUUAUUGCCUUGUCAUUCGGGUAUACCUGUAAGCCUUCUGGUGGUGACAAUGAGGCCUUUACACCCAUCUCAACAAUAGAAAAAUCAGUAUAAAAGGGUCAAAUAAGUAUCAGUUUUAUCUGAUAGAUCAUACAUUUAUUGCAUGUUGUGUAUUCCUUAUUUAGUCGUGAUUGUACUCACAAUAUGUUACUGUUGACAGUAACAUAUCUAACAUUUGAUUUGAGAUGCCCUGGAAUAAAUUUAAGCACUAGACAGCCGACAAUGUACCUUUUUAAAGACAUUUUCUCAGACGUUUGCGGAAAUCCUAUUCACGGUAACCACUGCACAUGUCGGCUCAAGCGUAAAUGACCUUAGUCUGUUCUAUAGCACGCCUCAGAUUGAAUCCCAGCCUAGGUGUACAUUUAUUAACUAGCUGCACCUUUUCAAGUACACAAUCUGUAUUAUAUUGCUUGGAGAGCAACCUGUGGAAGGGCGAGAAUACAUAUGUUGUAAUUGGUGACUGGUUUUAAGUGUGUAAACAAUGAUUAGAGAAUGAUAUUUACAUUUGAUUAAUUGUUGAGUGCUGAAGAAGCGUGCAUUUUGAUUGUCAGUAAAAAUGUUGCUAAAUGAGACUAACUCAUUAGAAUUAAACUAUUGCCCUUAUCUACAUUAAAGCCUUGUUUAUUCCUGUUA